AUGGCUGCUUGGACCACGAUCCUGAUCGCCUAUCUCAUAGGCGGCGUGACCUUUGUCCCUCUGGUGGUUGCAUCCAUUUUCCUCUACGGAUACUAUAACCUGCCGUACCGACGCGCCCUCGGCUUCCAGGACGACCAUGACGAUGGCAGCAUAGUCCGCCCCGGCGACGACACGACUGCGCUCGACGAGGCCAGGAGGGCCAGGAAUAACAGCGACUCCAAGAGGACAAAUGCCGAUGUCGAUGUCGCCGCCGGGUAUUUUGCCGUCUGCCGCGAAUACACCCCCAUGGGCAUCAACGCAAAGCCCGUGGAGCGCUCAACCCCCAUCGGCUCCGCCACAGUCACCCCUACGAGUCCGAGCGUCUACCAGACAAUGUAUAGGAGUAUAUUCGAUCGCAAGGCCGCUGCCAGCUCGAUGGACAGCAGCAGCGGUGUCAGUCAACGGCCCAAGAAGGCAGGCAACGUCUUCUACGUGGUGCUUAGACAUGGACACUUGAUGCUGUUCGACGACGAGGAGCAGCUCGAGGUACGGCAUGUGAUAUCCCUGGCGCAUCAUAGAAUAGGGCUGUAUUCCGGAGGCGACGUGACCCCCGAGGGCGAACUAUUCAUCAAACGAAACGCAAUAUCCCUGACGCGAAAGCCCAACGAAUCCGAUCAUACUCCCGACAAUCAGGCGUCGAGGCCCUUUUACUUGUUUUCGGAAAAUUGCUCAGCCAAGGAAGACUUCUACUUCGCCAUGCUGAAGAACCAACAGCAUACGUUUGGGUUCGACCACAUCGCGCCCAACCCCAAGCAGUUCGAGCUCAAGUCUAUCAUUUCGCUUGUGCAGAAGCUGCAUUCUUCCGAAGAUCAGGUGCACUCGCGCUGGAUCAACGCAAUGAUUGGAAGGAUCUUUCUGGGCGUGUACAAGACCAAAGACCUAGAAACGUUCAUCCGCGAAAAGAUCACCAAGAAGAUCUCGCGCGUCAAGCGUCCUUCAUUUCUCACCAACAUCAUGAUCCAACAGAUCGACACGGGAGAUGCUGCGCCCUACUUUGCCAAUCUGAAACUCAAGGAUCUCAACGUCGAGGGAGAGUGUGUCGUGGAGGCCGACUUGAGGUACACCGGCAGCUUUCGAAUCGAGGUUGCUGCCACGGCGAGGAUCGAUUUGGGCGCGAGGUUCAAGGUUCGAGAAGUCAACUUGAUUCUUGCCGUCGUUCUGCGCAGGCUGGAAGGCCACGUUCUCUUCAAAAUCAAGCCACCUCCCAGCAACAGGAUCUGGUUUUCCUUCCAGACAAUGCCAAAGCUGGAGAUGACCAUCGAGCCCAUCGUCAGCUCGAGACAGAUCACCUAUACCGUCAUCACUCGUCAGAUAGAGAAUCGCAUCAAGGAAGUCUUUGCUGAGACGUUAGUUCAGCCAUUUUGGGACGAUGUUCCCUUCUUUAACACGGAACACAAGCAGCUGAGAGGCGGUAUCUUUGAAGGCGAUGAUGCAGUCAGGCCCUCCUCCCAGCCUGCCGAAACCUUGGCCCAGAUCGGCGACGGUGAAAUCCCUGACCUCCUCGACGCCGGCGUUGCGCAGGCGCCUGACGAUGCUCAGCCCAUAGACAAGAGCCAAACAAUGCCAGUGAUAGAUGCUCUCGAGCCAGCGCCUAGUCCGCUUAGGAAAGCGUCAGACAAAGUAGCAAGUGCACUGCCGGCUCUGGCGUCGUCAACCAGCGUGGAACUCGCUCCCCCGACUCCGGUUCAUUCCCCAAGGAUUGUGAAGCCCGCCACCGAGCCCAUUGUCGGGACUGAAACAACGCAUGCUGAUCUGUUCAAACCAUCAACAUCUCCGCCGGACUAUGCCAUGAACCACAUGGCGGCACUGCGCUCCAGGUCCCAGGACGCCUCACCCAUACCCAUCACUAGGAAGCUGUCACAGUCCACCCUCGUCUCUCGGCGGUCGUCUUCCUCAUCAAAAGAGCUGCACGGCAACGCUGCGGCAGAAGACGAUUUGAAUACAGAUUCCAAGCCCCAAUAUGCAGCGUCUUCUUCCUCCGGCGUAGCGACAGCUUCUGAUUCUGAUCUCUCUCGCACCCCUACUGCCGGCUCAAUCAGGUCCCAGGCGGGCUCCCUCGGCCGCAGCCUGUUCCAGAGGCGUGAUCACCCCAGUUCUGGCACCGCAGCAUCUCCCGAGGGCGAGGCUACAGUGCAAAAGAGGAAUACCUUGGCAGCGGUCACCAAUGCAGCUGUUCAGGCAAAACAAUGGGGUUGGAAUGCCAUCCAACGGCAAAGAGAAGCCAUGAGGAACAAUGAGAAGACCAUCGCCGUCGAUUUGAGCCAGCCCAUGGGUCGAGGGCAACCCCUUCCGCCACCAGGUACACCACUUCCGAUGCCAACAAAUGGAGGCACCAAAAUAGGGCCUGUGCCCACGUCCAAGCGGAGAUCCCCCAACCUCGUCCUGGAAGAACAGGCUGCUCUUGUAGCCGAGGACAACCAGGGCUCUGCGCCUUCGCCCGGGAGACACCACUCCCCGCCGCGGAGAAGGCGACAAGACAGCCAGCAACAAGAAGACGAUGGCCCGAAUAUCCUCGUAGUCGCUGCGCCGGACGAUUCACAACCCACCACUCCCGCCAUCGAGGACGCGGCACGUCAGACUGAGCUGUGGAAAGGAGAGCCACCGACAACAACGCAGCAGGGGAGUGAUAAUCAUGAUGCCGCAGAUAACACCACCCAGGGAUUGGAGGCAGGCAAUUCCGUCACCGCCAGCAGGCCUAUUCCAAUAAGCCCGUCGACCUUUGCAGAGCCGAAUGACGACGAUGACUAUUCCGCAUGGCUAGUGGACGACUAG